AUGGCUGUCGUCGGGGGAAGGGGAACCCCGCCAGCCCCCCCGCCGCAUCUCAUCCGCCCGCCACUCCCCCCUGGGCCUGCGCUUAUUCCCGGCGGGCCUCAGGGGCAAGUGCUUAUCCGCCAUCCCCAACCGCCUCCCCCGACGAUGUUGCUCCCCGUGGGCGCGGGGAGCAUCGAGGCGAAAUUCGCGGCGCAGCACGGGGAGAUUCAGCAGCUGCUGACGGAGAAUCAACGGCUGGCGGCGACACACGUGGCGCUUCGGCAAGAGCUGGCGGCGGCGCAGGGCGAGAUCCAACGGACGAAAGCGACGCUGGCGGCGGUGCAGAUGGAGAAGGAUCAGGCGGUGCGGGGAAUCAUGGAGCACAAGGCCAAACUCGAGGCAGACUUAAGAGCCGUCGAGCCUCUGCGCGGGGAGCUGCAUCGUGCGCGCAUGGAGCUGCAGGCGCUACAGGCGCGCGGGGGGGAGGCGGAGGCGGGGCGCGCGGAGAUGCAGCGGCAGAUGAGCGCGAUGGGGGGCGACAUGCAGCGCAUGCGGAGCGACCUGGAGGGCAUGCGGCAGGAGUUGAUGCAGGCCAGGGAUGCGGCGGAGCGAGAGAGGCGGGCGGCCAUGGAGGCAGCAGAGCAGCGUGAGAAGGCGGAGAGGACCCUCGAGGCCACUGCACGGGAGGUAGACAGGCUCAGGGGCGUGGUGGGGCAACAGCAGCAGCAGCACCAGCAGCAUGCAAUGUAUGGCGGGCAACAGCCGUUUAUGGGGAUUGCAGCCACGCAGCAGCCCCCAUGGGCGCAGCAGGUGGCGCUGCAACAGCAGCAGCAGGGAGUGUCGCCGCAGCAGCAGGGAGUGCCGCAGCAGCAGGCUGGGCAGCAGCUGGGGAUGCAGGCGCUUGGGCACGCAGGGCAGCAGAACGGCAUUGUGGGCGGCCCUGCAAAGGCGACAGCAGCGCAGCUGGGGGCAGAUGCGGCAGCUGGUGCCGCAGCAGGAGCAGCAGCAGCACCAGCCACAGCAGCUGCCGGUGGCUCUGCGGACGCUGCUGCUGCUGCUGCUGCUGCUGCUGCGGGUGCGGGUGCUGAUGGGGUUGCUGCCACUGAUGCGGGUGCAGGAGGAGACGACCCAGUGGCGGAGUGUGGGUGGACGGAGCAUGCAGCACCGGACGGGCGGCCGUUCUACUACCACGCGGCCAGCAACACAUCUGUGUGGGAGAAACCCCCCGAGCUCGCCCAGGCCGAGGCUAAGAAGGCCGACGCUGAGAAAGCAGCGGCUGCUGCCACCGCUGGUGGUGCUGCUGCUGGUGCUGCUGGUGGUGGUGGUGGUGGUGCCAGUGCUGCCAAUGGGAGUGUUGCGGGUGUUGCUGAUGCUGCAGGGGAGAAGCAGCAGGAUGGUCCGGACAAGCAGCAGCAUCAGCAGCAACAGCAGCAGGAAAGCAGUGGAGUGACCCCCCUGGCGGUGUACGGGCUACCCGAGGACUACAGCGAGCGCCAGCUGGUGGAGCUGUUCCGCACGUACGGCACCGUGGUGGCCGUGCAGGUGGCUCGCGAGGGCAACCGGGGGCUGGGCUACGGCUACGUCCACUUGGACUCGCCCACAUCAGCGGACAUUGCCACGUCAGCGUUGAACGAGCAUCAACUGGGCAACCGGCGGUUGAGAGUAGAGCGAUACACCGCCCCUGCCGCCGCCGCACAGCCCAAGCCAGUCCAAGCCAGCCCUGCUCCUGUCUCCACUGCUGCCGCUGCUGGUAGUGCUUCUGCUUCCCCUGCUCCUGCUGCGGCUGGUGGCGCCGGCGCCACCGCCGCUGCUGGUAAUGCAGCUGUUGGUGCUGGUCCAGGGAUGGGCGCAGCGGUUGGCGCACGACUGCAGCAGCAUGCGCGCUGCUGCAUUAUAUCGCAUGUGGCGGUUUCUGCUGGUGCGCGCCCUCCCCUUGCCAUUUCGGACGACAUGGCGCUCCUGCAGCGCCUCGCGUAUGACGCCACUGCCCUCGUCGCGCGGCUGCCUCUCCUGCUGACGCCCACGACCGUAGUGACGGCCGCACCUGUGGCGCACGGCAGCACCUGCGGCGCACGGCAGCACCUGUGGCACACAGCAGCUGCGUAA